AUGUCCUCCAAGCGUCCCAUUGCAGUGCUCGGAGCAACAGGGGCCCAGGGCGGUUCUGUUGUUCGAUACCUCUCGACACGGCAGGAAUAUGACAUUCGAGGAGUCACGCGCAAUCCUUCCAGCGCUACGGCGAAGGUGUUAGCCCGUCUUCCCAAUGUGUCGGUCGUAAAGGCGCACUUCAACGAUCCUGCGUCGCUGGUCAAGGCGUUCGAAGGUGUCGAGGCGGUCUACGCGUUGACCAACUUCUACGACCCAGAGAACCAAUCCAACCCGCUUGCCGAAGCGCAGCAGGGAAUGGCCAUCGCCGACGCCGCCAAAGCAGCCGGUGUGGAGUUUGUCAUCUGGUCCACCGUUCCCAGCGCCAUACUGCGAACAAAGGCCCAAUGCGCCUUUGCUCACCUAGUCGAGAACAAAUUUUACGUCUCAGCUUACCUGAAGAAGAUCAAAAUCCCUCACGUCGACAUGUAUCUGGGCUUCUACUACGACAACUGGCCUAAUUUCAAGUUUCUCUCGAUUGCUGCAGACGGCGCCAUCGAAGUCACCCAGCCCGUCAUGAGGCCGGGGACAAAAAUAGGGAUGAUUUGGACGGGGCGCGACCUUGGGCCCACCGUCGAUGCGAUCCUCAAGAACUACCGCACGAAGCCACUGGCCGGCGGAGAGGUCUACUGCGUGGGCGGGUAUCACAGCACUGCAGAUGUAGCUGAGGAGAUUCAGAGGCAGACGGGAAAGCAGACGCGGGUGGUCACGGCGCCGACGUCAGGGUUCAAGGAUCUGGAUGUCAUGUAUGAGUAUUACAACGACCACAGCCUGUACUCAGAGUUUCCCAUUCCGGAAAAGGAGACGUUGGAACUCGGUAUCGAGUUCCAUUCGAUGGAGGAUUUUGUCAGAGAGGUUGUGGUGCCUUAUAUCAGUAAGCUCGCGAAGGCGAAUUAG